AUGACGCAAUUCACACCACCUUUGCACCAAAGCCCACACUUUCCAAACCCUACAAUGAACAAAAAUCAAAUUCCUCGGACUAGGCCCUGGCCUGGAUUCCCAACUUCUAAGUCCCUAGGUACCAGCUUCGGCGACGCCAAUUGCAUGGAACAGUUACUCGUUCACUGUGCCAACGCCAUCGAAAGCAACGACGUAACUCUUGCCCAACAAAUCCUUUGGGUCCUCAACAACAUAACACCCCCUGAUGGUGAUUCCAAUCAACGCCUUGCUGGUAGUUUUCUUCGUGCCCUCACCGCACGUGCGGCCAAAACGGGAAGCUGUAAAAUGCUAGAAGCUGUUGCAGACGCUCAUAGCAUUAACGACCUCGCUAUUCACACCCACAAAUUCUCCAUCAUUGAGUUAGCUAACUUCGUUGACUUGACCCCUUGGCAUCGCUUCGGUUUCACAGCUGCUAAUGCUGCCAUUCUAGAAGCUACUGAAGGAUUCUCCGUUAUCCAUAUCGUUGACUUAAGCUUAACGCAUUGCAUGCAAAUUCCCACGCUCAUUGACGCCAUUGCUAACCGCCACGAGGUUCCUCCUCUAAUCAAACUCACCGUUGCUGGUUCCGCUUGUAGAGACGUUCCUCCUAUGUUGGACCUUUCCUACGACGAGUUGGGUACCAAGUUGGUCAACUUCGCAAGGUCAAAGAAUGUUGUUAUGGAAUUCAGAGUGGUUUCUUCUAGUUAUGAAGACGGAUUCGCGGCUUUGAUUCAACACUUGCGGGUACAACAUUUAGUGUAUGAAGCCGAAGGUCACCAUCCAACAGAAGCUUUGGUCAUAAACUGUCAUAUGAUGCUUCAUUACAUUCCUGAUGAAACCGUUGCUUUAUCUUCGAUUUCAGAUUCUAACUCUUAUGUUUAUAGCUCUUCUUCUGCUUCGUCCUUGAGAUCAAUGUUCCUCAAAGCCUUGAGGACUUUAGACCCUACCAUUGUCGUUUUGGUGGAUGAAGAUGCGGAUUUAACAUCUAAUAAUUUGGUGUCCAGACUUAGGUCUGCGUUUAAUUAUCUAUGGAUACCCUAUGAUACGGUGGACACGUUUCUUCCACGAGGGAGUAAGCAAAGGCAGUGGUAUGAAGCGGAUAUAUGCUGGAAGAUUGAGAAUGUGAUAGCACAUGAAGGGCUUCAGAGGGUUGAGCGAGUAGAGCCUAAAAGCAGGUGGGAGCAACGAAUGAGAAAUGCAAACUUCCAUGGGAUCAGUUUCAGUGAGGAUUCUGUUUCAGAGGUUAAAGGCAUGCUCGAUGAACAUGCAGCUGGAUGGGGAUUAAAGAGGGAAGAUGAACAUCUGGUGCUCACGUGGAAAGGGCACAAUGUCAUCUUUGCCUCUGCUUGGCUUCCUGCUUGA